AUGAGAUCCUCGGCGCUCCUCCUCCUCGCGCUCCUGGCCGCCGCAGUGUGCCUCGCGCAUGCAGGCGCCGAGUCCGCCGCGCCGCACCGCUCGCUCGCCUCCGGCGGCCUCUCCCCGACCGGCCCGGGCUCCGACUCGGACUGGUGCUGGGAGUCGCUGCUGACGCUGGGCAUGUGGUGCAAGCACGACCUCCUCGCGUCCUUCCUCGCGGGGCGCCCCGCCCCGCGCGCGUGCUGCCGCGCCGCGGACGAGGCCGUCCACCACUGCGGGCCCUUCACCCGCGCCUUCCUCGGCUCGCUCCUCCCGCUCGGGCCGCUAGCGCAGUGCGCCCACCCGGUGAUCACCGGCACCCCCGCGACCCGGCCCGGCGCGCGGGGGCCUCCGCGUGCACCCACGCUUGAAACUGGGGCCAGAGUUUCCGGUGGUGCGCGCCCACAGCCGCCGCCGCCGGCGACGGCAGAGGCGCGGACUGGUGCGCGCUUCCCUCCACCGCGCGCGCCUACCGGAGCUUCCAGCGGAACACGUGGGACGACGCCGGCGCCGAAUCCGGAGAUGAGCGCACGUCUCCCACCACUUCCGGUCGCGCCGCCCAGAGUUGCCAGCGGAACGCCGAAGCGGCCGCCGCGGUCGAGCGUACGUAUCCCACCACCUGAAGCUCCCAGCGGAACGCAGGGGUCGCCGGGGCCGAAGCCGCAGACGACAACCCGCGUGCCGGCGCUUUCUGGUGGCGCGCGUGACGGGAGCCUGCCUAAACCGAAGGUCAUCGCUGGUGGGAGCGCGGGCGGGCGGGCGCGUCGCGCGCCGGACGCUUACGCCGCAGGUGCGCCGUUGGGAGCUGGCGCAGCGCCACCACCACGGAAGGGAGUGCGGACGGCGAGACCCAGCACGAAGAGCCCGGCGGUUGAGUAA